UCUUUAUGUAUGUGUGUGUAAUCCUUGUGCUGACCCAGAAAGCGCUCAGCAGCAGCAGCAGCUUGUUCAGAUCUGAGUACAGCCACUGGAGAUACCUGCGCUGCUUUACAGAGACUGAUAACACGAAAGAGCAUCUUUACAAGAACAGGAUUUAUUUGACGUUGAAAAGGCAUGGCUGAACACAUGAUGAUGCCAAUGACCCACGGCUCUGCUGGUGGAGGCCUGCAUGGGUAUCGCAUGGGAAUGAACGGCCCUUCAGUGCACGGACACCAGCCCAGUCUGCGGACCCUUCCCAAUGGGCAGCUCAUGCACUACAGCAGGGGGCCCCAGAGCUCCAUGGAAGCGGCCAUGAGGCAGAGGAAUGUGAUGAAUGGCGUAAUGAACGGUCAGGUCACCGGCCAGAUAAGUGGUGGACACCCUCACCAAAUGCAGCAAGCCAAUAUGAUGUACGGAGGUCCGAAUCAGCAACCGCAAGGUCACCCUCAAACCCAGCACCAUCAUAUGCACCCCCAGAACCAACACCCACCGCAGUAUAUGGGUGGAGGAGGCCUUACAGCAUCUCAGCAGCUUAUGGCGAGCAUGCAUCUUCAGAAACUCAAUACCCAGUACCACGGGCACCCUCACGGUCCCAUGAAUGGGCAUCACAUGGGAAGUGUCCAGCACAGAAUGGGUCCUGCUCAGUUGGCAGGCAUGCAGAUGGGGAUGGGCGGGCCAGCGUUGGGCCUCAAUGUCAUGGACAUGGACUUGAUUGAUGAGGAGGUACUGACAUCCUUGGUGUUGGAGCUCGGGCUAGACCGUGUUCAAGAGCUGCCUGAGCUUUUCCUUGGACAAAACGAGUUUGAUUUCAUUUCGGACUUUGUGUGCAAGCAACAACCUAGCACUGUCAGCUGCUAAAAUUCUGCUUCUGGUCCUUAAAUCAAAGAAAGACUUUGUCAUCAAAAAAAAGCCGGGGCAAGACGAGAAAGGCUAAAACAACCAGGUUCUCUGUAUCUGUGAAGCUGUGCUAUGCAUGUUGUAGUGCACACUGUUUGCUUUCAAUGAGGGAAAAGACUUAUGGAUGCUCUUCAGUCUUUGAAGAACUGGGCACAAGUGUGGCUUUGGUGAGCAGGCCUUGUCUUGUCCCAUUGGUCAUCCUGGAUUAAUGGUGACUGAGAGUCCCACGGCUGAAUGUAACUUAACAUGGUGGAAAAAGAAGUCUGCUUGGAACUUUGCAGAAACUGCUUUGCCUCCUCAGGGGCAACUAGAAUCAAUAGCAUUUAGAAAUGUAUUUAUGUAUGACACCUACCAAAAAUCAAACAUGCUCUGUGGUGAUAGAAACUUGCCUUUUCUCAAACUAACCCCAAGACUUCUGAUAAAAGAUGUUUGAAUGAGUGUUAUGUGGGAAUUGAAGGCUGGUACUUCAAAACGGGUCGAUUUUCCAGUAGCUCUUAAUGAUAUUUGAAAUAGUAAGGGGGUGGUGAGGUGGUAGCGGUUGGAUAUGAAACAUUCUUUGUGCGCAGUGUUACACUGUCCCUUUGAUCAUUUUUUUUUUUUUUUCUACAACUAUUCGCAAUUUUAAAAAUGACUGCUUACUGUAAACAUUUUUUUUUUUUUCUAAAUAUGACUGAAUUAGACCCAAAAUGCAUCACUUGCAUAUAGGAUAUGUCUUAAUGCUUACAGGAAUAUUUCUGUGUUAGAUAAACUGGAAAAUGGUGGAAUGUUUUGUAGCCUCCCUUGCUAAAUGCUGAGCCUGUGCUCCCUGCUGAUGAGUCUGAACUGUAAAACUGCCUUAUAGUUUUUUUUAUUUUUUUUUGUUUUUUUUACACAGAUACUGAUGAAUAUUCACUGUAGACAUUCCUACCUUGUUCCAUGGAAUGAGGAAGAAACUGCUGUCUUUAUAUGAUUCAAAAAGGUGACAUCAAAAUUCCAGCUCAAAUGUAGUGUUUGCUCAUAUGCUCCUUAUUGUAGUGAAGAACAUGGAACACGAUAUUCAUUAAGCCACAUUCUGCAUAAAGAAUUAAACGUUCCACUUGUUUCUAAAUUAACCUGAAUGUCAAUUGUUCAACUAAAAAUAACUAUGAAAUAACUGUCGAAAUAACUGCUAACCACAGCACUGAUUUCCUGAUGUGCGUUAAAGCCAACCUUAUAAAACAGCACAAAAUGUUGUUUCCUUCUUCGCUGCCUGAACACUGCAGGUUUAAACUUGAUUACAUUUAAAUUACACUUACAACCUUCUUCUUAAUUGAGGUCAGAAUGGUCAGUCAUCUCAGAUGGCCUGAUAAUUUCAAAAUAGAAAUGUUCAUUUGCGUGCUAUCGCUCAGGUUGGGAACGGCUGCCCUGCUGGGUUUGAGAACUUCCUGUGUCGUUAUGUUGGUAGUUCUUGCCUUGAGUACUCCGUGGGGGUUGGGUUGGUAUGGAAAUAGCACAGCAUACAGUAGUAGUAGGUUAAUCUGUUCCACCAGAGCUGGGCUCAACUCCCUCGGCUUUACCCGCCCCAUAAUUGCUGUACGUACGGCUUGGAAAUGUGAACAGUUGCGAUCAAAUUAAAAAAAAAAAAAAAAAAAAAAAAAA